AUGCGCGGGAGCGGGCAGGCCCUAGGCCGCUUCGCUAUUUCCAUCCUCUCUGGGGAUUGCUCAGUUUGGCGGGGGCGGGGGCGGGGGCGGGGAGAGGGGCGGUCCCGGGGGAUGGGCGGUCCCUGGGCGUCCCCGCGGCGUGGAAGGCUGGGAAGAAGUUUGAGAGGAACAGUAGAGAGUGCGGGGGAGGCGGCGGAAAGCACUCACCACCCGGGCCGGCCUGAAACGCCUUCCCCGGGGGCCGCUGCCUACGACUCACUUCCCGGGCUUCGAUUUACGCGAAAACUCCUGGGGCUGGUGAGGGUGAUCGUGCAAAGCAUGAGCUCGGGAGUUCCUUCUCUUUCCGAAAUCCGUCCACGUUUUAUUAUUUCAUCUUUAUUCGCCGGUUUCUCCAACAAACGUUUAUUGAGCAAUGAAGUACUUGGAAAGCUCUUUGUGUCUGCUGUCAAGGUGUUCUGCUGUUCUUUACUGUGGAUAUCCGUUGGCUGUUCUAUGGUGUUGCUGUUCUCACCCCGUCAGAUGCCCGGUGGCUUCUCUCUGUUUCCUCCUGCAAAGAUGUCAAUACCAUACAGAGACAAGGGUCUCCCUGCAUUGCCCGGUCUGAAGUGCAGAGGUGCAAUCAUAGCUCUUUGCAGUCUUGGCUUCCCAGUCUCAGGGUUCUCCAGGCUGGAAGAGGCAAGGAAGGAUUCUCCCCUAGAGCCUCCGGGGGGAGCUCAGCCCUGCUGACACAUUGAUUUUGGACUUCUGGACUUUAGAACUGUAGAGAAAACAUUUCUGUUGUUUUAAACCAUGAAGCUUGUGAUAAUUUGCUACAGUAGCCUCAAUAAACAAAUACAAUGUCCUUUCCUUGCUCUAGCCCUAGUAUUAGCUAUUUCUCAAGGACCCCUGGUUCCUUGGUGUAAAAUGUAUGUCCAUGAAUUCACACUGAUCUCUCUAGUUUCUACCUACAAUCACAAUUUUCACACCCGUCUUCUUUUUUUCCAUAUUAAUACCUUCCUUCUCUAACAGUGAGAAACCACCUGGUUCUCAAUAUAUUAUUAGUUGAAUACCCCAUAUGUAUGUAAAUUAGUUCCCAUUGUUGCUGGUGGAGGGUGUUCAGGUUCUUGGUGUCUUGAACACAGAAUUGGACAAAACGCACAAACAAAGCAGUGAAAAAAUGAAGCAACAAAAGCAGAGAUUUAUUGAAAGCAAACUACACUCUGCAGAGUAAAAUUGGGCUGAGCAAGAGGCUCAAGAGCCAGGUUACAGAAUUUUCUGGGGUUUAAAUACUCUUGAGAUUUUCCAUUGGUUACUUCGUAUACACCCUAUGUAAAGGAAGUAGUGGCCCUUGUUCAGUCUGAUUGGUUGUGGGAAGGGACCAAUCAGAGGCUGAAAUGAAGUCACAAAGUUACACGCUAUGCAAAUAUCCGAUUGGUUGUGCAAAGUGACCGAUCGGAGGCUGAAGUAAAGUUACAAAGUUAUACUUCCAGGCAAAUGAAGCCUUGGCCGGUGACCAGCCUGACUGGUUGCAGGAGGGGACAAAUCAGAGGUACUUUGAAUUUUUCAUCUGCCACAGAGAAAAGGGGUGGUUUGCAAAGGGA